AUGCCUCAGGUUUUUAAAACUUUGUAUCCUACUACUAGAGUAAUUAUUGACUGUACUGAGAUACCAACUGAGAGACCAUCAUCUUUGGCUCUCAAUUCUAAGUUUUAUUCUACUUAUAAGAGUACACAUACUUUUAAAAGUCUUGUUGGUAUUGCACCACAUGGUGCCCUUAUUUUUAUUUCUUCAUUGUAUACUGGUAGUAUGUCUGAUGUUGAGAUAACAAAGCUUUGUGGUUUAGUUGAACUUUUAGAGGAAGGUGAUUCCAUUAUGGCUGAUAAAGGUUUUGUAUUAAAUAAUGUUUUAUCUGGAACUGGCAUAACUGUCAAUACACCCCCAUUCCUUAUGAAUAAGGGUCAGUUCACUAAGCAGGAGGUAGAGGAAACUCAAACUAUUGCUCGCCUUAGGAUACAUGUUGAAAGGCACAUUAGAAGAGUAAAAGAAUUUCACCUUUUUGACAGACCUAUACCUCUGAGCAUGAUUGGUUCAAUCAAUCAAAUUUGGACUGUUGCUAAUAUUCUGACACUUUUCAGAGGUCCACUUGUAAAGCAGUGGCAGUGA